AUGCCUUUCACUGCCAGCGACAUCUGCAAAAUCCUGCUUGCCAUCAUCCUCCCUCCCGUGGGUGUCCUUCUGGAGCGUGGCUGUGGUGCCGACCUCUGCAUCAACAUCUGCUUGACCAUCCUCGGUUAUAUCCCCGGUAUCAUCCACGCUCUCUACAUCAUUCUCAAGUAUUAA